AUGGCUCUGAGAUACCCCCUGAAGCAACUAGCCAUCCAAAGUGUGGAGCUUCCUAUAUAUCUUCACCCACUGGAGCCACGCUCUCAGAGACUAGUUUUUGUUUCCUCUCCAGACGUCAGCUGUUGGAGGAAUCAUGAAUCGAACAAAAACAUCCGCAAAAAUCGAUUCUCUUCCCUGAAGGGAAGGAGGUACCUCUUGCACACAAUUGGCGGUUGCCGUGGUACAAGACCAGUGAACGAGCUUCUGCCUCUGGAGGCUGUACGAUCCCAAAGAAUGGGUUGGAAGAAAGUAUUGCCGAGCAUUCCACUCCUAGCAGCAAAAGUACCCUGCCGAAGCCCAAGCAUGCCAUGUAUUUUUGACAGCUAUCCCGAGGGACAGCCGUUCAAAGAGAAAUGGUGA